AUGGCAGAUCCAUCGAAACCGUUCGACAUUGUUGCGACAUACAAUGAACUAUUGCGCUCCGAUCCAGACCUGACUAUGCCCAUCGCUGCUAUUGAGGCUUUGGUCCUACUGCUCACUCACUCACCCUCGUCCACGAUAUCAGAGACUCUCGAUCUGCUGGAAAAAUCCACCGCGCACCUGAAGAAGUCGAUCCCUAACCCUAUCGGGCUUUCGGCCGGAACCGAUCUAUUUCAAAGAUACCUGAUUACGACUCUACAAAGGCCUGGACAGCUCGGACCGGCGGGAGAUUUCAACGCCAUCAGGGCGCAUCUAUUGUCCAACGGUCGGUUAUUCAUUCGGCGAGCAAAGGAAAGUCGAGACAAGAUUGCUGCGUUCGGUAGAGGUUUUAUUCGGGACGGAUGUACGGUUCUUACAAACGGUGGAUCGAGAGUCGUCGCUUCGUUGUUGCAGAAGGCAGCCGACGAGAAGGGCGGGCCCUCUGCUGUCCGUUUCCGGGUCAUCUACGUCCUUUCGUCGGCCAAUGGCGAUGUCGAGAACCAUCGUGCCGAGCCAGAGGGUAUGGAGACAGUACGUACGCUCAGGGCGAAGGGUGUACCUGUGGCCACAAUUUCUGAGUCGGCAGUGGCAUACUCUCUUGGCAAAGCCGACAUGGUGAUUGUAGGUGCCGAAGGUGUGGUCGAGAACGGGGGGAUUGUCUCGCGGAUGGGAACAUAUCAGAUUGGUCUUCUUGCAAAGGCAAUGGGAAAACCCUUUUACGUGGUUGCCGAGAGCCACAAGUUUGUCCGAUCUUACCCUCUUGGACAGUAUGACCUUCCUAUCGAGCAACAUGUUAUCAAUUUCAAGACCGAGGAAGAUAUCGCAGACGAAGCCAAGCAACAGUCGACCGAAUCACAAAAAACAACAGAAGUUGAGUCUCUGGAGGCGAGUCCGGGUUCGAAAGGCGGAGGCCGUUCUGAUGUGGUCGACUUCACACCGCCGCAUCUGAUUUCCGCCUUGAUCACGGAUAGCGGCGUGUUAACGCCGAGCGCGGUCAGCGAAGAACUGAUCAAGAUAUGGUUUUGA